GUUGGUGCUAACUCAAGUUUUUCUUAACCAAACUAUUUCGAAGAUGCCGAGAAAGAAGAAGCAUAGCUCAACGGCGAGCGAGUCGUCCGAUUCGGAUUCUGGUCCAGAUGAUCGCACUCCAGUGAAGAAAGCAAAAUCAUCAACGGAUGGCGCACAAAAGGGCCCAGAUGGCGAGGAGUAUUUUGCGCUCGAUAAAAACCGACGGAUUGCAGUGCGAGAUUUCAAAGGGAAACAAUACGUGGACAUUCGCGAGUUUUACGAAAAGGACGGAAAGCAGAUGCCCGGCAAGAAGGGGAUCAGCCUUUCGGUGGUACAGUGGAAGAAGGUGCUCGAGUACGCGGAGCAAAUCAACGGGAAGCUGCAGGAUUCUUGAGCAUACUGCGACUGUGUCAUCGUGGCGACCAAUUCUAAGAAUGCAUGGUCGUUGUGUUUCGUUAAUAAAUUAAUAUAUUUCCUGCAUGUGCCAGCAGGUGUCUGAA